GGGGCGGGGGGGAUAGUAGGCCCUGGGUUUCUGUCAGGCGUCAUAGAGCUUUCCUGAGAAGGCCACAGUGCUGAGGCAGCCGAAUACAGCCCAGCCUCAAUGCACAAAGGGCAGGGCCAGGUCUCUGUUACAAUGCCACCACAAACAACAGGCCGCGAACAAAGGGCUCUGCUUUCCAGAAGCCCGGCGCACCAUAAAGAGGCAUGUGCUGGGAGGCGAGGCCGUUUCGCUGAGGGCUAGGCAGAGAGGUUUUGUUGAAGCAAUGUCCAUGGGUGAGUAGCUUACCACCAUCACUACUAUCAUCUCCAUCACCACCACAAAGCAAUGCCUCUUCCAAGACGACGAUCCUCCUUCCUCGGCCAGGCUGCCACCGAGCGCCCAGGUGUGGUGGGCCGGGUGACCGUGGGGAGCACCAGCGCACCUCGGGGUGUGUUCGUGGGCAUGGCCCCCACGGGUGGCACCAGCAGCUUGGGAGCCCGCGUGUCCCGCCGGGCUUUGGGCAUCAGCAGCGUCUUCCUCCAGGGCCUGAGGAGUUCCAGCGUGCCCGUGGUGCCCCAGCCUGGAGAGAGAGGCCACCAGCCCAACUUUGACACUCUCAACGGGUGCCUGCUGGAGUACCGCGACAAGGUCCGCGCACUGGAGCAGCUAAACCAGCAGCUGGAGGAACAGAUCAGGAACAGCCUGGACCGCAAGGCGUCCAGCGCUGGGACCUGGGCCACCCUGAGGGGGGACUGGGAGGACGUCUCUACGCAGGUCAGCGAGGCCAUCCUGGACAACGCCCGGCUCAUGCUGCAGAAUGAGAACGUGCAGGCCAACGCCGAGGACUUCAAAGACAGAUAUGAAAAUGAGCAGCCCUUCCGUAAGGCAGUGGAAGAAGAAAUUGGCUCUCUAUAUAAGGUCAUAGACGACGCUAAUCUGACAAGGAUGGACCUGGAAAACCAGAUUGACUGUAUGAAGGCUGAUCUUAGAGAUCUUGCCAGGAACCACGAAGAGGAUGUGAAAGUGUUGUAUAACCAGAUGGCUGGCCGUGAAGUGGACGAGCCUGACGCUCCCAUAGAAACCAGUCUGGACCAUAUCCUUGGCUACAUCCGCUCCCACUGGGAGAGAGUCAUUGAGAAGAACCGGGCUGAAACCGACUCUUACCUGGAAUGCAAGCAGGCCGACAGCGUGAACAGCAAGCUGAGCAGAGAGGAGGAAGAGAUGGGGAGUCUGAAGUCUGAAUGCAAUGAUGCUGGUUGUAAGAUCCAGAGCCUGCAGGCUGAGACUGAGUCCAUGAGAGCACUGAAACGAGGCCUGGAGAAUUCCCUGAAUGAUGCCAAGCACUGGCAUGACAUUGAGCUGCAGAACCUGGGCUCUGUCAUCGGGAAGCUGGAGUCCGAGCUCGGUGACGUGAGGGCCGACAUUGAGCAGCAGCGCCGUGACUAUGAGACGCUGCUUAGCAACAAGAUGAAACUUGAACUUGAAAUUGGGACCUAUCAUGGAAUCCUGGAUGGGGAAGAGAGUCGAUUCCAUCCAGGAAUGUUAGUACCUGAGAAUGAGCUCUUUAAUCUCUAACCUCCAAUCUACCCUCUACACCUCCAACUAGCCUCGAGUGCUGUGACCCCAGUCCUUGAUACUGAAAUGCAAAUCUUACAUCUAAAACCUGGAAUUUCAUUAAACAACCUGAUGCUCAGCCCAUCUUUGAACUUUAACAUCAGGAUUUAUCUACAGUGGAAAUAAAAACAGGUUUUCAUGAGUAAAAUAAAUGUCUUUGUCCUUCUACUCCAAAGGUAUUCUGGAAGCUCCGCUGAGCCUGAGCGUGGGUUGGCCCCCCCAGCUUCAUCACCACACCCCCCCAGCAACCCCAAGCCUGACGGUAAUUUCCCAGUCCAUGUUAUAUCCCAUUGUUGCCCUGUGUCAAAUCAGUGUAUGUUAUACUAUAGCCUGCGAUACAUGUUAAAAUACAUUUUUUAUCAUUUUGUUUGUCUGAAUGUCUGACUGAAUAGACGAUUUUCUCUCUAGGGAGAGAUGUUGCCAGUAGCACCCCAGCAAAAGACCCAAAUAACUGAGAAUGAGUUCCCCAAAUGUGUCUGUUUCCACACCUACAUCUGUGCAAGGAGUACAAACCCGCUCUCAUCUUGCCAGCGAGGGCUCGAAUCUCCAAGCCACCAGUUUCACAGGAGCAUUUGAAGGGUGAAUAAAAAUUCAAAAUGAAAUUCUGAAAAUCGAUUUUUCUUUUAUUGCAAUCACAUUUUCAUAAACAGACUCGCAUUACAAAACUAUUUCAGCAUCGAGGCAGACAUCUAAUGUCUUUUGCUUAGACAGACCUGGGCACAGUACGUUAUCAAACCUGGGAUUAAAAA